GUGAAUUUGGAAAAAAGUGAGAAUUAAUGCCUAAACUUUUGGCAGUUACAUAGUAAGAGACCCACGUGUUUGACAAUAACCCUCACAAACGUCAUUCUACGCAGUGUCACUCCACUUUUUGUAAACAUUGUAAAAGCUUCGAUUUGCAUCAUUGUAGAUGAAUAUGUAAAUGCUGAAAAAACAACAUGAAUCUGCUUCCUCAAAAUUACAAAGACUUCCACUCGGCUGAGUAUUGGGAAAAUUUUUUCAAAAAGCGAGGAACAAAGGCAUUUGAGUGGUAUGGAGAAUAUCCAGAGCUUUGUGGAGUUCUACAUAAGUACGUGAAGAUAUCAGACAAGAUCCUGGUAAGCGGUUGUGGUAACUCGGUGCUGAGUGAGAAUCUGUACGAUGUUGGUCACCAUGACAUCACAAACAUCGAUAUCAGCGACGUGGUCGUGCGACAGAUGAUCGACAGAAAUAAGGCACAAAGACCAGACAUGAAGUACAUCAAAAUGGAUGCGCUCAAUAUGGAUUUUGAAGAUUCCUCAUUUAGUGUUGUCUUGGACAAGGGGACAUUAGAUGCCCUAAUGGUGGACGACUCUGAUGCUGUGACUAAAGAUAUCGAUAAAAUGUUCAGUGAAAUUGGACGAGUACUGAAGCUGGGUGGUCGAUACAUUUGCAUUUCUUUAAUGCAGGACCAUAUAUUGAAUAAAACUCUACAGUAUUUCCCUGAAGUGGGAUGGCCUGUGAGAAUUCAUAAGAUAGAAACAGAGAAUUCUGAAAAUACGGACAAAGAUUUUACUCUACCUGUGUUUGCUGUUGUGUUCACCAAAUUCAAGAAAAUGUCAAACAUGAAACCAAUACUUGAAAUAAGCAGCUCUGAAGAUAAAAUCAGUCGAUAUAACUCUGUAGAUGAAAUGAAGACUCUGAUCAAAGAGGUGCAGUAUUAUGCCAUGAUUAGACAGAAACUAAGUAAGAGGAACUUGUACGGUGAGCAGGUUUCCUUGACCCUGUUCACAUCCUCAUCAUCAGAACCUCGGUACACCCUCCAUAUCGUGGAUGUCCCAGAGACAGGCCUCAGGAAGUUCGCCAUAUUUAUUGUUCCUCAGGGGAGGUAA